CAGGUGAACCAAAAUGGUUAUACAAAUGGCCGCAGAUGACUGACUUUCAAAGCAUAUGCCAACAAUAAUAACCGGCAUUGGUUGGCUUUGUCUGCCGCGGCGGAAUGGCAGGGUAGGGCCUCUACGUGUAGCCUCGGAAUAAUUUACUCAAGUUGAAAGUUGGACAGUGAACCAGUGGAACAACCUGGCCUUUGUUUUCUUAAGGAUCCAACCAUCUUUCUACUGUAAGGCGACUUUUUGAAUGGUUCAAGCCGCGGCAGCAACUUUGAUCGUCGUUGGACAGGACAAUCUGUUGUACUAUCUUUCUCGGCAAAUUUAUACCAUCAACAUCAGAAGUCGCAAGUGGAAGUAGCAUGACAAUUUCACCAUUUUUGUGCACCUGCAUUGCCUUCAAUGUCCCAUACCUCAGCACUGAUUGAACAAUAGCCAUACAGGAGAAAUCAUUCCACUUCUAUAGACUUUUUGUCUGUCACGGUUGGUGGACCUUGACGGCGGGGCUAUAAUACCCAACACAACCAAGUUUGUCAAACGGUAACAUUAAAGUUACGGACUUGCUGAUGGCGGGCACGCGAUCGAGCGCUGGUCGGCGGGUGGACGCGAGCCUGAGAGCCGGGCGGUUGCUGCCCAUCAUUGCCGAGGAGACGGCCGGUGGGCACUGUCCUCUAGACGGUGAAAUCUUUGACGAUUGUCACGAAAUGAGUGCUGGCGAGGACGAUACCUUGACAGACGUCAGUGAUGCCUCUUUUGAAGCUCCCAGCCAAGAGCAGGUCUGCGAGCUCUACCAGCAGCUGCACGCCGCCGAUUUGCCGCAGUGCCUGAGCCAGUUCGAGAACAUCAUCUGCGAGACGAUCAAGGACAUCAAACAGCAGCAGUCGGAAACGGACCGGCUGGAGAAAUCGCUGAAAAGGGCCAACGAGUCUCACACGACCCACCUACAGCACCUUGAGACGGAGAUGGAGGCCCAGAUGGCAAAGGUGGAGCAGCGGGUCCGCAAGGAGGAGCAGGAGGCGGCGCACACGGAGCGGGAGGAUCUCAAGCAGAAGAUGGAAGCUGAGAUAGCCGAGCUGCAGAACAACCUCAGCCGAUUCCACUCGUUUGAGAAGCGGUGGCAGCACCGGGAGAAGCCCAAAGACGAAGCACUGAAGAAGAAACUGGACGAGUUGCAGCACGAGAACAGACAGCUCAAGAGCAGCCUGACGGAGGCACAGACCAACCUGGCAAUUACGCGGAGCGAACUGGCUGCCUUCAAGUCGGAAUACGAUGAAUGCGUGGACAGCGACAAAAGUUUGUUGAAUGAAUACAUGUACGACCACGACAGCUUAGCGAGACAAGUACUCCAGUUGCAAGAGGCAAAUAGACGGUUACAAGACACAAACGACGACCUGAGAGAGUCUUUCGACAGCAUGAAACGGAAUUCCCGUUCGCUCACUCCAACGAAACAAAAGAGGCUAUCCAUAGGGGCAGCAGACUACUACAGAGAAGACUCACCAGUUUUGAUGAGCUCCGUCAUAGAUCCAUCAAGUAGCAGAAGGAGGCGGAGCUUCAUGUCUCAGGAGUCGGUGGAGAGUGAGCAUUCUGUGGGUCUGGCGUCGUCGUCCAAGAGACGGUUCGUGUAUCACCAGACUGCGGACGGGGAGAGCUAUCCAGACGAAGUCGCCGCAUACAAUCGAUUGUACAAAUAUGAGUAUGAAGACUCCGGUAACUCGACACUACGUGACCCGCUGGAGCUGGACUCGGAGCUUGAAGUGAAUUGCGUGGAGGAGGACCUGAAAAGGGCGACCUCUGUCGAGGAGAACGCCAUCAAGGAGGCCAUCCUCGUGGGGGGUCAGCAACAGGCAGCAGGUCAGAGCAGGACCCACAGAGUCGAGUCCAUCACGGACACGGUAUCGGCCUUCCAGAAGGAUGACGUCACGGUCACCACGACGUCACCGGCCCACGAGCCAAUCGCAGCGCAGAAGAACGAGAAGCUGCAGAGGAACCUCUCAACGCGCAGCUCGGGCCGCAAGAGGGAGCUGCCACAAGUACCGACAAAGGGUUUUUUCGACAAUCUGCUGGAAAGUUUUACUUCCACGAAAGAGACGCAACCGACCAGACCGCAGAGCGCACCGGAGCGUAUGUACAAGGUAGUGCUGGCCGGUGAUGCGGCUGUGGGCAAGUCUAGCUUCAUCCUCCGACUCUGCAAGGGCGUCUUCCAGAGCAACCUCAACUCAACUCUAGGUGUGGACUUCCAAAUGAAGACCCUGGAGAUCGACGACAAGGUGACGUCACUGCAGCUGUGGGACACGGCCGGCCAGGAGCGAUUCCGCAGCAUCGCCAAGUCGUAUUUCCGACGUGCGGAUGGUGUCCUGCUGCUCUACGACUGCACCUAUGAGCGCUCCUUCAUUAACGUCAGGGACUGGAUUGAAGCUAUCGAGGACGGGGCGCAGAAACCAAUCCCCGUCAUGAUCUGCGCCAACAAGGUGGAUGCGCGCGCAUCCGCCCAGGCCGAGGGCAUCAGAUGCGUGCGGACAGAGGACGGGAUGCGACUCGCCAGGUCGUUCAGUGCCCUGUUCAUCGAGUGCAGUGCAAAGGAUGGUUCCAACAUUGAGGAGGCGGUCAUGGACCUUACAAGGAAGCUACAGCAGAAAGAGGACAAGGAAGUCAGCGAGAGCGGCCUGAACCUGGAGAAGGACGGCCAGAAAAAGAGCGAGUCCAAAUGCUGUAUAUAGCUAGGCAACCGCUAUCCCAGCAUUCCAUGCGUCAAAGAUGGCCGCUCAGUGUACAUUUGUGUUUUGUAAUUAUGUAUUUUUAAAUUCAUUUCGCACAUUUUUGAAAUCCUCUGUAAAUGACAAGUUUUUAAUCUGGUCACUUCCGGUAAUUGACCAUUUGUUUUCCACUGCAUCUAAGAGAAAUAUUGAUUUUAGAAACAAAUUUUUCAAUUUUAAGUGACAUUUUUUAAUAUCAAGCUGUGGUCAAGUCAACAAAGGUCGAUAGACUUUAUUCACAAGUCGGCCAUAUUGAAAGCGAGGUAAACUCUUCAUUUUUGGAACUCGCGAGUACAAAUGAAAGCAAUAUGUCUGCUUUGUUGUACAAUUAAACGUUGUAAUCAAACAUACUCUAACGUUUUAAUCCACAUUUUAGAAAAAAAUUGAAAGUGGGGCUUGGAAUGCACUCGAAUCACAAAAUAGUGUGGCACAAUCCCAUUCAAGAGUUUACAAUUACUAAAAUAAAUUCAGGGAAAAAAGUUGCUAAUAAAUCACUGCAUACUGCUUACAUGAGCUUGACGUGUAUCCCAGAUUUAUCAUCACACAUUUCAAAAUAGGUACAUCAAUAUAAUUACAAUUACCACUACAUCAAAACACAAUUCAAGUAGACUGUUUAUUGUGUAAUCUACUGUGUAUAUGUUGUACAUAUUACGAAAAGUUUUGCGUAAUCUUAUAUUUAUUUUAAAGUCUGUAGGCGUGGUACAAACAAAUAGCAUUUAUCUACAAUUCAAAAGCACUAUUUUUGUAACGCAAUAGAUAGGCCUACUAUUGAGUCUGUAUAUAUGUAGACUGUGAAAAACGUCUUUGUAAAUAGCAGGGUAUCAAUUUCUAAAGCGACUUUGUUGUAUUCGCUUCAAAAAAGUUUAAAUUUGCUGCUUCACAAUUUGUAAGGCUGUUAAUUGUUUUGGUUUGAAGAUGACUGCCACUGGUAUGCAAGGGUUCUUAUCUAUAUUUUACCUCGACUUUAGACUUGCUACACACUUUUUGGGAUAUCAGUAACAUAUAUAAUUUUUAAUUAAGGAAUAUACUGUUCAAUAUAACAGCAAUGUUUGUACUUUGAAUAUACCAGUUACCUCACGAUUCAUUGACUCCUCGACAAUCCAUAUCUUCCAUUUU